ACCGGGAGUUAUGGAUCAUCGUUGUCUUAAAAAAGUUAGUCAACCUAGCAGUUCAAAUUCAAUGAAAUGUGACGCGUUUAAAUAUACCUAUUGGUAUUUAAAUUUGAUAGCAAUUUGGCCAUUAAUUUCUCAGUCUUUGGCUAUUAGAAAAGUAAUAUCUGUUAUCCACGUGUUUUUUGUAACUGUUAUGCUUUUAUGGCAGAUAAUUUUUAGAUGUUAUCAUGUCUAUUUCUAUGCGAUCGACUUAGAUGAACAAGUUACUUUAAUUGGUCCUAUGAUAUUUAUUCUCGUGUCUUUACUUAAAUACUUGGCUAUUAUUGCUCAUCGUAAAACGAUUAUGAAAUCUAUAGAGCAUAUAAAAACUGACUGGAGUAUGACUAAGUGUCGUGAAGAAAAAAAUAUAAUGAUAAAAAAUAUAACAGUCAGUAAAAAAAUAACUAUUGUAUUUUCAAUACUUAUGUACACGAGUGGUGUAUUUUAUAAUUUUAUGAUGCCUCAUGUAAUACCCCUUAUAUUUCGAAGUAAUGACCGAAAUUAUACUAAACGCCUAAUAAUUUUUCCCGGUUAUAAUAGUGCUUUCAAUGUUGAUUCCUCUCCGUUGUAUGAAAUAACUUACUUGUUCCAUACUAUUGCUAUAUUUUUUUGUUUUACGGUGCUAGUUAGCACAUGUAAUUUAAUAGUAGUUCUAGUAACUCAUACUAAUUGCCGAAUUCAAAUAGUCAUUGUUCAAUUGAAGUCAUUGAUAGAGGAUUUUUUUGACGGAGGAAAGUUUUCAUAUCUGAAAAUGUCAAACAUGGUUCGACAUCAUAUUCGAGUACUUGAAUUUUCUGAUAAAAUUCUGAGAAAACUUUUAUCAGAAAUUUGUCUUGUAGAGAUUGGUGCAACUUCUAUGCUUCUAUGCGUUGAUGAAUUUUGUUGUUUAAGACUGUUAAGUAAUCAAGACUUCGCGAAUAUAGUACCAUAUAUUAUGUUAUUUCUCGCUUUGAGUUUGAAUAUAUUGAUAUUGUCUUACUUCAGUGAACUUCUUAACUCUCAGUUCAUCGAAAUCAGUAAUCAAUGCUAUAUGACUGACUGGUAUAAAAUUCCUCUUAAAGCAAGAAAAUAUUUUAUUUUGAUUAUGAAUAUGUCUCAACGACCUCAAAAAAUAAGUGCUGGUGGAAUAAUAGAUCUAUCGUAUAUGACUUAUGUACAAAUUAUUAAGACUGGAUUUGCAUACUUACAAAUUUUGAGAGCUUCAAAUACGCAAAGUGAUGAUUAAGGAAAUUCACUUCAAAAAAAUGAAUUUCAUCAUUAACCUGGACUGAGUUCUACGAACAUUAACCCUAAGGAUCAAAAGCACAAUUACACUGAGAAAAAUUA